CUCGCCGGCUACCGUGGCUGGGCGCUCUUCGUGGACUGCGACUUCCUCUUCGUCGCCGACGUGGCAGAGCUGGCGCGCAUGGCCGACCCUCGCUAUGCCGUGCUGUGCGUGCACCACGAUUACACGCCCAAGGAGGCGACCAAGAUGGACGGCGCCGUGCAGACGGUGUACCCCCGCAAGAACUGGUCCUCCAUGGUGCUCUUCAACUGCGGCCACCCCAAGAACCGCGCCGCGCUCACGCCGGAGGCCGUGAGCACCCAGACCGGAGCGCACCUCCACCGCUUCGCGUGGCUCGACGACGCCGACGUCGGCGAGGUGCCAUUCGCGUGGAACUUCCUCGUGGGGCACAACCGCGUCGACCCGGCGGACGUGGACGGGACCACGCCGCGCGCCAUACACUACACGUCCGGCGGGCCGUGGUUCGAGCGGUACAAAGACUGCGAGUUCGCCGACCUCUGGGUCCAGGAGCGCGACGCGUACGAGUCCGAGGAGAAAGAAGACGAGGUGGAAGGCACAAGAGUGACGUCAUCGUCGUCUACAGUUGCAGUGGACGCAUGAUGCACCACGACCACGUGUUCUGUUCGUCUUUGCUGUUUUCCAUGUCGACGUAUGAUCAUGUCACUGCGUACAUGUUGUUGUCUUUUUUAAUCAUUUGAAUUGCUUACCACAUGUGCUAUGUAGUUGCG